AUGGCUCAGAAGCGCCUUAUGCAGGAGCUGCGGUCUCUCCAGAAGGAGAAGUGGGUCGAGAUUACAACGGACGAGACCAAUCUCCUUAAGUGGAGGAUCGGCCUCUGGGUUGUCAAUCCUGACAGCGUUUGGCAUGGGGCGUUCCUCAAGGCCGAGAUGAGAUUUCCAUCCGACUAUCCCUAUCAACCACCAGUCUUCAAGUUCCUCACCCCCAACAUCAUCCAUCCCAACGUGUAUUCCGACGGAAACCUCUGCAUUUCCAUUCUCCACAAGCCUGGCGAGGACGAGCAGUCCGGCGAAUCAGCGAGUGAGCGAUGGAAUGUUUUACACGGAGUUGAAUCGGUUCUCAGAUCUGUUCUCCUGCUCAUGGACGACCCCGAGAUCAAUUCAGCAGCCAACGUCGACGCCAGCGUCCUGUACCGAGACAAUCGGUCCGAGUAUAAUACCCUGGCCAAGGCUACGGUAGCCGCAACCAAGAAAAACAUCCCGGAGGGUAUGAAGAUGCCCAGCAUGGAGGAAUUGACCCCAGUGCCGGUCAAGCCGGUCGAUGACGACGCAGACUUCUGGAAUAUGUCAGACGAGGAGGAAGACUUUGGCGGAAGUGACAGCGACGAAAACAUGGACGACUUUGAUGACGAAGAGGAAGAAGAGGAUGAGGAUGACAAAUGA